AUGUUUGAGUUGCCCGAGACUGACCCUUUGUGGAGUGUGAACAAGAACUUGAGGGAUGCUCCACCAACACGCUUUGUUGCAACACAGGCCAUAAUAUGUGCUGUUUUGGGUCUGUUUGCGUUUAUUUCGUUCUGUGUGUUGAGAUGCAACUUUCCAAACAUUUUUAUGGCAAGAUUGAACUACCUGAAUAACUCCAACAAAAAGUUCAUGCCUCCCUUACUACCUGUCAAGUCGCUCUUCGGUUGGAUUCCCGUCGUUUACCGCAUUUCGGAACACGAGGUUCUGGAAUACGCGGGUUUGGAUGCCUAUGUCUUCCUGGGAUUUUUCAGGAUGAGUAUUAAGCUGCUGUCUGUAUGUUUGUUGUUUGCCGUUACGGUUCUAUCUCCAGUGAGGUACCAUUUCACAGGCAACUAUGAUCAAGGAGGUGAUGAUGAUGGGGAUUCUGGAGAUGGAACAGGAAUUAUGGAAGACGGUUCUGGAGAGUCCCAAACGGAUUACAAGGCUUUUAUGUGGAUAUACGUGGUUUUCACAUACUUAUUCACAUUUUUGACACAGUAUUAUCUUCUUGACCAGACCAAACGGGUGGUAUCAAUGAGGCAGAAAUACCUCGGUCAACAGAACUCAGUCACAGAUAGGACCAUCAGACUCAGUGGGAUUCCUCCGGAGCUGAGAGACGAAACUGUGCUAAAGGACCAUAUUGAGUCCUUUAACAUCGGCAAAGUGUCCUCGAUCGUAAUCUGCAGGGAAUGGCAAAAGCUGAAUCAUCUGUUCAGACAACGUGAAAUUGUUAUUGAGCAUCUCGAGUAUUAUUGGGCUGAGUAUCUGGGAAGAACUCAGAUUGAUUCUUUGAAUAUUCGGCCGUUUGUUUCCAGCUCGUUGGCUCUUAGAAAUGGACUACCGCCAUCAGACGAAGAGAACAGAUACAGAGAUGAGACCACUUCUGAAGAGGAAAGCCUCAGCGAGAGUCUCGGUGAAAGAUCAAACUCCUCGUCACCAGAUAAUACGCAGCUGUCUGAGUCCAUCAUCAGCUUCAGCAGUACAUCUCAUAGAAAGCGGCCCGUUAUCAAGACUGGCUUCUUUGGUUAUUUCGGGAAAACAGUUGAUGCUAUCGACUUCUACUCCCAGCAGCUUGCUGUUUUGGAUGACGAGAUUGUCUCUGCCAGGAAGAGUCAUUAUCCUGCCACUCCAACAGCUUUCGUGACCAUGGACUCCGUUGCUACUGCUCAAAUGGUAGCACAAGCCGUUUUGGACCCUCAUGUCCACUUCUUGAUAACCCGUCUUGCGCCGGCGCCGCACGAUGUAAUCUGGGAAAACGUCUGCCUUCCAAGAAAAGACAGAAUAUUGAAAGUUUACUAUAUCACCGUUCUUACGGGUCUUUUGUGUGUUGCGUUCAUCAUCCCCGUUUCUUCAUUAGCAACGCUGCUUAACUUGAAGACUAUCUCGAAGUUCUGGCCAGAUUUGGGAGAUUUUUUAGAGAGAAACGUCUGGGCCCAAACGUUUGUUACUGAAAUGCUUCCUGUGUACUUGUUCACUUUCUUGAACUUUGUCAUUCCAUAUCUCUAUGUGUGGCUGUCGUCGAAGCAAGGGUUUGUGUCUUAUGGCGAGGAAGAGCUCUCGAUUGUCUCCAAGAACUUCUUCUACGUUUUUGUGAAUUUAUUUCUAGUUUUCACGAUGGCAGGAACGGCUUCGAACUACUGGGGUUAUUUGAGUGAUACAAAGAAGCUUGCUCUUCAAUUGGCUGCUUCGUUAAGAGGACUUGCUGGGUUCUAUGUUGAUACCAUUUUGCUUCAAGGUCUGGGUAUGAUGCCAUACAAGCUGUUGUUGCUAGGACAACUGGUGCAGUUUCCCUACUUCAGAGCUAGUUGCAGAACCCCAAGGCAGUUCAAGGAACUAUACAAGCCUCCUCUCUUCAACUUUGGUCUCCAAUUACCGAGACCAUUGUUGAUCCUCGUGAUUACCAUCAUCUACAGUGUGAUGUCUACCAAGAUCUUAGCCUCCGGUUUGCUCUAUUUCAUAAUCGGAUUCUAUGUCUACAAGUACCAGUUGAUAUACUCAUGUGUGCACCCACAGCAUUCGACUGGAAAAGUCUGGCCUAUAAUUUUCAGAAGAGUGGUGAUGGGUUUGCUCAUUUUUCAGUUGACGAUGGCUGGUUCCUUGACCUUCACCAACGAUUACAUUCUCGCAACAUGUCUUGCUCCGUUGCCUUUGUUGACAGUUGCCUUUUUGUGGAACUUUCAGAGGAAUUAUCUGCCGUUGAGUUUCUUCAUUGCCCUUAGGGCUAUCAAGGACGAUGCUGUUGAUACAACAUCAAGGCCAAACCCACACAGUUUGCUGACUCCAACAAAGUCCCGUACAAUUGAUGAGAGAAGGGAGUUUAAUCAGAAUUAUCAAUAUCCUUACUUGGUUGGUGCGUUGGACGGGCCUUGGGUGGCAUUAGACGGCGACCAGAUCAUCAUGGUCACCAGUGACGGCACGGUAAGAAAGCGGUACACCUUCAAUGAGUACUGA